CUAACCCCACAAAAAGUUUGAUGCUUUCGCUAAAUUUAUAUGCAUUUUUACCCAAAACCGACAAAUCUAUGACUCAUCCAUUUCAACACCCAUAUGCAGUGCCUGUCUUGUCUUUUGAUGUGACUGGUGUCUUCAAUGCCAAGAUAAGUUCAUGUGAAUACUUGAGUUGCUGGUGAGACUGCUUUGACAGAUUUACCAUGAGGAUCUUCCUCUCUUUUUUCUUUCUGUUUUCUCUCCCUGCAAUUUUGGCUCAAGAAGUGACACAUCCUACAAUCUUAGUUGAUGGAACUACAACAAUUGCCAUGAAUGAUGAAAAUUUUAUCUGUGCUACUUUAGAUUGGUGGCCUCAUGAUAAGUGUAACUAUGAUCAAUGUCCGUGGCAUUAUACAUCUGCCAUAAAUUUGGACUUAUCUCAUCCAUUGCUAACCAAAGCUUUCCAAGCUUUCAAGAGUUUGAGGAUAAGACUUGGAGGUUCAUUGCAAGACCAAGUGUUGUAUGAUGUUGGAGAUUUGAAGGCUCCUUGCCAUCCAUUCAGAAAGAUGAAAGAUGGACUGUUUGGGUUUUCAAAGGGAUGUUUACAUAUGGAUAGGUGGGAUAAGCUGAACCAUCUAUUUAAUUCAACAGGGGCCAUAGUAACAUUUGGCUUGAAUGCACUGUAUGGGAGGCAUCAAAUUAAGAAGGGUGUUUGGGGAGGAGCUUGGGAUCCUAGCAAUGCUCGUGAUUUUAUGAAAUAUACUAUUUCGAAGGGAUACCAUAUUGACUCAUGGGAAUUUGGUAAUGAGUUGAGUGGAAGCGGUGUUGGUGCAAGUGUUGAUGCUGAACUAUAUGGGAAAGACUUGAUCAACCUUAAGAAUAUUGUCAGUAUUCUAUACAGAGACUCGUCCUUGAAACCAUUGCUUGUGGCACCUGGAGGAUUCUUUGAGGAAAGGUGGUUCUCUAAGCUUCUCCAGGUCUCAGGUUCAGGUGUAGUUAAUACUGUGACUCAUCAUAUAUACAAUUUGGGUGCAGGUGCUGAUCCCAAUCUUGUGAGUAAGAUACUGGACCCCCAUCACUUAAGCCGUAUAUCAGAAACAUUCAGCAAUCUUAAACAAACUAUUGAAAAAAAUGGCCCUUGGGCUUCUGCAUGGGUUGGAGAAUCUGGCGGGGCCUAUAACAGUGGUGGUCGUCUUGUGUCUAACACAUUUGUGAACAGCUUUUGGUACUUAGAUCAGCUUGGAAUGGCUUCCAAGUACAAUACUAAAGUAUAUUGUAGGCAGACUUUAAUUGGUGGGAACUACGGUCUACUCAAUACAACCACAUUUGUCCCCAACCCUGAUUAUUACAGUGCCCUGCUAUGGCAUCGACUUAUGGGAAAAGGUGUUCUAGCUGUUGCUACUGAUGCCUCUUCAUAUCUACGAGCUUAUGCCCACUGUUCAAAGGGGAGAGAGGGAAUAACUGUUCUCCUGAUCAAUUUAAGUAAUCAGACUGAGUACACGGCCUCCGUUCAAAAUAGUAUGAACAUGAAAUUGGUUGUGGGGGGUAAAGACAUCAAUAGGGAAAGUUCAUUGAUGCGAAGUCUUAAGAAAACAGUUUCGUGGGUUGGUGGCAAAUCAUCCGAAGAACCAUUAUUCAGAGAGGAGUACCAUUUAACUCCAAAAGACGGGUACCUCAAAAGCCAGACAAUGGUUCUAAAUGGAAUUCCACUAGAGCUGACCAAGGAUGGAGGCAUCCCAAGAUUGAAUCCAGUUCGUGUUCAUGUAAAUUCACCAAUAUAUAUUGCUCCUUUAUCAAUUGCAUUCAUAGUAUUCCCGAACUUUGACGCUCCAACUUGCCUACGAGAAUGACAAUAUAUUGUUUGUUGCACUCUCCUCGAAAGAAAGAAAGAAAUAAGGAGAGGGAACAG